AUGGCAGAACCAGGACCUGUACCAGUCGCACAAUCGUUGAAGGAAAUCUACACGGAAGAUGCCAUCUCAACACAAACGGGACGAUGGCAGCGUUUAUUGGCGCAGUUCAAAACCAACUAUGGCCAUGAUGCCCACUUUGUCUCGAGAUCACCGGGUCGAGUAAACAUAAUUGGAGAACACAUCGACUACUCUCUGUACUCGGUUCUUCCUAUGGCCAUUACGACAGAUGUGCUACUGGCUGUCCGGGUAACUGAGGAGGGAACGACUUCCGAUCAUUAUACCAUCAAGGUCUCCAAUGUCCAAGGCGACAAAUUUGUCGCACGCGAGUUCCAAAUUCCCUUCGAUACAGUUGAUAUAGACUCAAAGGUACACGAGUGGACCAACUACUUCAAGUCGGGCUUGCGGGGCGCAUUGGAAUUGCUACGGGUUAAGCGGGGUAACAAUGUGAAGCCAGUAAGCAUGGAAAUUUUGAUGGAUGGAACGGUUCCAGCAGGAGGUGGAUUGAGCAGUUCCGCUGCAUUCGUUAGUGCAUCUGCAUUGGCUGUGAUGUAUGCCAAUGGGGAAAAGUCCGUCGACAAAAAGGAGUUGACCGAGUUGGCCAUUGUUAGCGAACGUGCUGUGGGGGUCAAUUCUGGGGGAAUGGAUCAAUCAGCCUCGGUUCUUUCAAUUCGAGGAUCUGCGUUGUUCGUCUCUUUCGUUCCAGGUCUUACUGCACAGCCUAUCCAAUUUCCUAAGACGACACCGGAGCUCUCUUUCUUGAUUGCCCAAUCUUUCGUCCAAUCAGAUAAGCAAGUCACUGGACCAGUUUGCUACAAUCUACGAGUAGUCGAGUGCAGUCUCGCAGCCGCCUACCUAAACGCUGUUCUCUCUAAAUCCACAACUCCUCUACCCAAAGACUCGGGCCCAUUAGGCAUUUCCCUCAACGGUUUCCAUCAAAAGUAUUUCAAAGACUCCACUGAAUCCGUGGAAGAACAACUUGCCGAGUUAAUCGAAAUCACCAAAUCAACACUCACUCAACCAGGCUACACCCGCGAAGAAAUUGCUCCAGUAAUCGGAAUGACAGUCGAAGAACUCAACCGCCAAUUCACAUCCACCUUCCCAGUCCGAGCCUCACAUUUCAAACUCCGGGAACGCGCACUCCACGUCUUCUCUGAAGCUCUCCGCGUCCUUCAAUUCAUGGCUCUCCUCUCCAACCCAUCAUCCCUAGAUGAAUCCCUCAACCAAAAACUCGGAGCCCUUAUGAACGAGACCCAGGAUUCGUGUCGCGAAAUGUACGAAUGCAGUUGUCCCGAAAUCGACGCUCUCUGCUCCAUCGCUAGGAAAGCGGGGAGCUAUGGAUCGAGACUUACGGGUGCUGGGUGGGGAGGAUGUAGCGUUCAUCUUGUUCCUGCGGAUAAGGUGGAGGCUGUUAAGAAGGCGUGGGAGGCGGAGUAUUACAGUACGAGGACUCUAACGGCGGAGCAGAAGGAGGCGUCUGUUGUGGUUAGUAAGCCUGGGAGUGGGAGUGCUUUGUUGGUUGUUGGGGAGGGAGGGAAAUUCAUCUAG